AUGGACCACACUUUCGAAUUUCAAGUUUUAGAGCAACCACAAACCUACGGGUGUCCUGCAGUCAUAGUAUUCCUUGACUCCAAGAGUGGGUUCGAUUCUGCCGAUCAUAUGGCUCUCCUCAACACACUCGUGCAACAGGGUCCUGCACUGUUGAAUCCUCCGUUCUCCUCCGACUGCAACGUGACCAGUGGCGCCUCGGCAGUUCCCGUGCCAGAUGCACCAGCUCCUCCACACUCGACCGACCCGGCAAGGCUUGAUCCAUCGCGGUUCCAUGCUGGCCUUCUUGAAACGCCUCAUAGCCUCCUGGCCGGUGAUUCGAACUCUGCUGCUAGAGGUUCCUUCGCAGUGGCCCAGUUUAUCUUUGGAGGUUCUCUUCUGGCCACACCCAGGGCAGCCUUCGCCCGGCCUCUGAGGAGGGCCUUCAGAGCCACCGGUCGGUCUCCACUCCAGCAUCCUCCGCAAUCUCCUCGAAGUCUGAUCCGACAGCAACUGGUGUCGCGACACUCCGUCCAGCGUCGGCAAAGCGCGAUCCAACAACUGCUGCAGGCCGGCGAAGAACACGGUCGGGUCAGAUCCGGGUACCAUCCUGGCCGUCUUGAACUGCCCCAUAGCCCCCUGGCGGUCGGUCGGCCGGCGUGGCGAACUCCGCUGCAAGGACUUCCUUCGCGGCAGCCCAGUCCAUCUUCCGAGGGCCUCUUCUGA